CUAAACUCAGAUUCUGAACGCAGCACAGUAAAUGUCAGUGUCAAAUAAAAUUUUCGUUUUCAGAAAUUCUGCGGCAAAAAGGUAGAAGAUUUGGUGCAUAAAUAUUACCAAACUAGUGAAAAAUAAUUGUUAUCUUCAUUCUAAUUCGACAAAUUUUUACAUUCUCUUUUUCUGAGUACACUGCGCUGAGAAAGAAGCUUGCAACAUGCCUGUGGAUCAAAUUCAGUACUCUGAAAGGUAUAAUGAUGACGUCUAUGAGUACAGGCAUGUUAUCCUGCCACCCGACAUCGCGCGUCAGGUACCCAAGUCCCACUUGAUGACGGAGACGGAAUGGCGUAACCUUGGUGUCCAGCAGAGCCCUGGCUGGCUGCACUUCAUGGUGCACAAUCCUGAGCCCCAUGUCCUGCUGUUCAGGCGACCUAGGACCAACAUCCCGGCCCCUGUGAACGGGCUUGAUAGUAAUACUAAUUCUACUGUCAAAGUAUGAAAGUAUGGCUGCUAGGUAAUUUUAAAUUGUGUUGUUGAUGAUAGAACAAAGGCUUCCUCUUAUAUCACCAGUAUCAUAAUACCAUUGUAAUAAAUAUUUACAAAUACCCAUAGUACUUAUAGUACUUGUAAACAACACUUUUUUACCUCUGUGUGAGUAGAUCAAGUUUUUACCAAAUGACCAUGCUGGAAAUAUGCAAAACCUUAUGUUCUGUCAUCAACUAAUACUAAGAAACUAUACAGAUGUAUGUUAUGAUAUUUAAACAAAUUAAUAUAGGUAGCCUUUAUGCAAUUCAUACGAUAAACUUUAUUGUUUUCAAUAUUAUAUAAAAGACUAAUCAAAUAAUUAUUUAGUCUACACCCAAAUAAUUUUCCAAAUACUACAUUUGUUUAUUUAUAUGUUUAGGAAUUUGGUUUUGGUUUAUAUAACUUAAUAUCUUGGUAUAACUAUGAUAGUUAUUAUAAAGUACUCUAAUUGUAUGAUAGCACAUUGUGAUAAAACCAGUGACCUAGAUUAUACUUAAUAAUAUAAUUAUAACCCAACUAUCAACCUAGAAGCAUACCUAUGUACAGGUAACUGUUUAUCAACUUAUGUUUAUCUAUUAGCUAAUUAGCACACUGCAUACUUGAAAAAUCAAGGUUAAUGUGAUAAUGUGAAUUUUGAUAAUAUAUUUAACGGCAAAGGUAAAGUAAAAAAAAAAAAUUAAGAGUAAUUUAAAAGUUAAAUACAACAUUAUAGUGAACAAACUACUAAUUAAGUAAAGACCAACCGACUCUUUAAAGACACACUUCAGUUUUUAAAAUUGUCCAAGGUAACUACUUCAUCAUAAUAUUAAAUAUGAAAUCUGCCUGUAACCAAAACCAAAUAAAUAUGUAUAGGUUUUAGUAACAUCAAUCAUUAAUUGUAUGUUUAAUUACUUCCUUCUCCAUCAAUUUAAAUUUUAUUUUUUGUCUUAUUUACAUAUAACUGGUUUGUGGGCGGUUUUUCAAUCUCCAUUUCACUUAUAGCUCAAAAAUAUGUUUGUUGUUUUGGCAGCUUUUAUAUAGAAAAAUUUCUAACCUCUAUAUUUAUUACUCAGAUAAAAGAAAACUGGCGAUUGAAAAAUCGGCCCUAUCAUACUCUGAGCCUUUUUCCCAACUAUGUUGGGGUCGGCUUUCAGCCUAACCAGAUGUAGCUGAGUACCAGUGCUUAAAAAUCGGCUCUAAUCUGUAAUCUGUAAGAAAAUCAAUAGUCCAUAUAGACAUGAAUAUGGUAUAUGUUUGUAUAAUUUAUUUUCAUGAUGGGUGAUACAUAAAUAAAAUUAUUAAUAUAUAGGCUGUUCCUAUUCCUGACUGAAGAAUUAUUUAUGUAAAAUUGAUUAAAUAAAUGUGCCUUUAAGCUAAUUGCUUAAAACAUUUAAUGAGUAUAUUUAGCUUAAAGAUGUGGCUUAUGAAUUUAUGCAUGUUCUAAAAACAUGGUUAUAUUUUAUAUAGAAGGUCUAUGGUUAUGGAAUCAUACCUAUAAUAACUGUCAAAAUUUAGUUUUUUUGAGGCUCAUAGAAAAAUUUCAGACAAAAUUAAAUGAUUAAUUUAUUAAUAAAAAAAAUAUUUAGCAGUAAUAUAAUUCAUUGGCUUAUCGUUCAAUAUGUUCAUCACGCUAAGUUAAAGUAGUCCUUUGCUGUUUUUAUAAAAAGUCUAAUAAUAACCACACGAUGAGAUGCCUUUGCUUUGUAACAAAUUAUUAUAAAAUAAAAUGAUAAUAUUACUGUAUGUUAUUAAUAGCUAUAUUAAUGGUGCAAAUUCAAUUGACUAAUAUAUAAGUUAGUGUAUUAAGUUUUUCUUUAAUUAUAAUGGCUGUUAACUACUUGAAUAAAGUUUUGUACACUC